UCAGUCUCGACGUCCACUCCGCGCGGUUCGCCUGCUUACGAAAAAAAAACGUUCCAAAUUUAAAAAUCGCGCCAUUUUCUACUUACAAUCGAGAAAUUUAUUAUUAUAUUAAAUUAUUGAUCUAAAACGGGAGUGACGUGAUUUAAGUGCGUAAAAUUGUGGAUUUACAAUAAUUUCUGGAUAACUGAGGACUUUUAUUUAAGACCUAGAAAUCAAAGAAAGAGACGCAAAGGCAAAAGACACAAGGCAAAAACCGCGGACGAUCGAGACACACCGAACAAUACGAGCCGGUGACGUCACAACAUGGCGUCCACCGACACAUCGACCUCCAGUCAAUUAUCUGCCGUAGCAGCUGAAGAACACAAGCGCACCGUCGACGACGCUUUUCUAAAUAGACUGAAAGGCCUCGUCGAACGAUUGAGGCUUGAAAAUGCAACCUUAAAGAAGUCGCUCGAUGUCGAGCGGAGCGAAGUAAGAGCGCUGAAGGCCCGACACGAAAGCACAAUAAGAAACUUAAAGACUGAAUUCAAAAAGAGAGAAGAACUAUUAGACAAACAAAUUCGAACAGUAAGGCCAGAAAAGGCAGACGAUACAGUGAGCAAUAAACUUGUCGAACUCAAACGACUAACGACAGAAAUUCAGUCUUUAAAAGCGGCUAAUAAGGGUCUUCAAGAAAAACUUAAGGUUGCACAUGCGGCAGAAUGCGCACGAUCUGCAGAGCUGCGCGCGCAGGUCGCGAAACACGCGGCCUUAGAACAAGCGGGCAGGAAAGAUGCGCGCGCACAGUGCCACAAAUUGCUGGAGGAAAUAAAAUCGAAAGAGCGGGUCAUCAUACACCUGCGGAGAGAGAUUGCCAGGACAUCGCAACACGAACAGGCGCAGAGGAUGGAAUGUGAAACGUCCGAAUACAGGAAGCGUGGUGAUCAGGGAAAGGAGAAAAGUAAUAGAGCAGAUCUGAAAACCGACAUCCAACAUAGAAAGGAAACGUUUUACAGGGAGGCCCCGUCGGACGGUGAUUCGGCGGUGUCUUCUGCGCCGGCUUCAUUGUCUCCACAGCCGCUCGUCGAUAUGUGGUCAUGCGGUCAGUGCCGCAGUUCGGCCGAGCGCGCGGCGGCCGCUGCUCGCGAGUGUACGCGGCUGUCAGACGCGCUUCGAGACGCGAGAGACCAACUCGAGCUCAUGGAGUUUCGACUGCUCGAGCUAGAAGACGCACAUCCCGAGAAGGGCGCUAGGGACAACCUAACAGACUCGGAUUCGGGCUGCGUGUCCCCAGGCUCCCGAAUAAAGGACUCAGCAUCACCAGAACUAAAACGAAUGGAUUCUGGAUACAAAUCACCGAAUGCACCAAGCAGUCCCUGUAAUCCCAGAAGACAAUUAAAUACACCGCAAGAUGACUUCAAAGAGGACUUCGCAAAAGCACAAUUGGCGGAGGUUUUGGAUAGAGAUUCUGAGACCAGCUCUCUGAAGAGUAAUCCCGUGAAAGAACAUCUUGAACAAAUGAUCCUGAAUACAGUUUCGGUGGAGGACAGGAGUUGCUUGGAGCAGAUUCUGAUGAUGCUGUACAAUUAUCAAGCGUUGAGUAGCUCUGUCAGCGAGGAAGAGUUUUAUCAGCAGACGAAACCGAAGAGGAUAUGUGAUUUAAGAUCACGACCGGACACUGAUUUAACAUCGAAAACUCAAAAGGCAAUAGCAACUGUCACACCAUACAAUCAAAAAGGAAAAUCUGAUUCACUCGAAAGCCUUUGCGAAGAUAGAAAACCAAGCAAUUUACUACAAGAGAGUGGUAUCUUCGAAGGUGUUGAAAGUGAAACAAAAGAGACUCAGACCGAUCUUAACGAUAGCUUUGAAUGUAGCGGUGAGCUAAACACCGAAAUACAACGACUGAAUAGCAUAAGAGAGAAACUAGAAAGGCAGAGUAGGAAUAGGACGCUUAGUUCGAAAGACGAAGUUGACGGUUUAGAAUGUAAGUGUGUUAAGUUAGGGAAGAAACAUAAGCAGUAUUACGAAAGAAGGCUUAAGUUCCUGGAGGGCAAGAUAUCGAUAUACGAAGCGGCACAGGAUAUUAAAGAAUCGAAACUAGCGCAGCGAUUGCAGAAGGAGUAUUUGCUUGAGAAUAGGAUACAAGAGUUGGAAACACAGCUAGCCGACCUUCAAGAUAAAUAUGAAAGAUUAGAAGAAGAUUGUUGUGAAUUAGAAGAAAUCGAAAAUGACACCCGACUACAUUGGCAACAGCUUGAAAUGGACUAUGAGCUUUGUUCAGCGCAACUAAGAGAUAUGACGGAGCAGAGGGAGUGUUCGAGGGCGCAAGCCGAGCGGCUUGUGGAGGAGUUGAACUCGAGAGAGUGCGCGCUGAGGGAGCGAGAGAAUCACCUGAUGUCACGCUUGGCAAAUUUGGAGCGCGCGGUACCUGCCUUGAUAUCAUGGAAUGUUAUCCGGGCUAUCGGUGCAACUAUCUCAUCAUGCAAUAAGGGAGUAUUGAUAAGUCGUAUGGGCCCCUUCGGUCAGGACACAAGAUCGGCGAUAGCAGUUAUAAAGCAGAAUUCGGUAUGCGAGCAGAGGAAAUGUUCCGCGAUGAUAACCUGGAAUGAGAUGCAGGUCACCAGUGGCGGUACCGUGCGCCAGUUGGAGAAGCAGAUCACCAAAUUAUUAGCAGAAAAGAAACAGAUUGAAAGACAGUCAGGUGAAGUGAGAAAGAAAUUGGAAGCAAAAGUGGCAAAACUUGAAGGUGAUCUUGAUACCUUGAGGCGGCAGGUCGCAGCCACUAUCAACGGUGCUGACAUAAAGAAGGAUAGGAUUGAAGAGAAGAUAGUAGAGCUAGAGAAGAAGAUUCGCCGUGAGGCAGAGAAUGAAAAGGUACCAGCGGAUCCACUUACUAGCAGCAAAGUCAACGCACUUCUUAUAAGACAACAAGAGAUGAAGAACAGAAUAGCAGAACUAGAGAAACGCGAGACGGCGUACCUCGAAAUGUUAUCGCAAGCAGAUGACAUGUGGGCAGAGAUGGAGGGCAGUUACAAGAAGAAGAUAGAAGAGUCACAGAAUAUCGAAAAUGGUUUGAAGAAUAAGGUUUGUAAGUUAGAAUCAGAACGGGACCAAUGGAAGAAGUGCUUAGAGCCGCUAAAAAAGAAACUUCGUGAAAUUGAGGAGUCUGAAUCCGGUAUGAGGAUAUCGUUGGAGAAGGCAGAGAGAGAUGCAAAGGCACUGAAGGCUCAGAAUACGAAUCUAACAGCGAUGUUCGGCAAAGCUGAUGCUGAGGCUAAGAAGGCCGAGGCAGCAUUCAAGUCUCUUGAUAUGAAAUUUAGGAAAGAAGUAGAACAACUACGUAGACUGAACAAACAGUUGGAUGAGGAUCUGAAAGGCCAACGAGAAGCGUCUAAGAAGACCGAAGUAAAAUUUGCUGGAGAUCUAGAUAGUAUAAGGAAGGAACUGACCAGGGCUUGCAAAAAUAAUCAAGAUUUGGAAGUCACUAAUAGUGAACUUAAAGAGGAGGUAUGUUUGCAUAUUUUUAAUUUUUGGUCAUGGUACCGAUUAAUCGAAUAUGAGUAA